UCUGGCUCUGUUUGCCAAACAGCCUCUUCUUCUUUGGCUCACACACUAAGGAGGCUCCUGGAUAUUUCUGCCAUCCCGACUCAAGCUGGCAGUUACCCGGAAGCCUUCCCAAGGAACUGGCGGAGAAAUGAGUCCUUCUGAGCCGGAGACGGGCCAAGGGCGUCAGCAAGUGGGGGCGCCCGCCGGGAAGCGGCGAGGGUCAUCCCUCGGACUGCUGGGCGGCGGCGGCGCUUCCGGGGCGCAGCGCUGCCUGCUCGGGCUCUACCUGCACGCGUGGCUGUGGGCGGCCUCGGGCUCAGCUGCCCAGGUGUUCAACCUCAGCCUUUCGGUGGACGAAGGGCUGCCUCCGGACACUCUGGUGGGCGACAUCCGCGCCGGGCUGCCGGCCGCACAGCAGCAGGAGGAGGGCGGCUUCUUUCUUUCCGAGGAUUCGGAUGACUCACCGCUGUUGGACGACUUCCACGUGCAUCCAGACACCGGCAUCAUCCGCACAGCGCGGCGCCUGGACCGCGAGCAGCGGGACCACUACAGCUUUGCGGCCGCCACGCUGCUGGGCGCAGUGGUUCAGGUGGAGAUCCGCGUCAACGAUGUGAACGAUCACUCGCCCAGCUUUCCCAGCGAUUCCCUGCAACUUGAUGUCUCCGAACUCAGCCCUCCAGGUACCGCCUUCCGUCUGCCAGGUGCCCAGGACCCCGACGCCGGGCUGUUCAGCACACAGGGCUACACCCUCUUGCAAUCUUCCGACCCUCCCCAGGACCCCGCAGGACCGUUCUUCCAGCUGCGCUACGGCACCCCAGGGUCACCAGCGUCGUCGCCCUCCUCCUUGACCCUGGAGCCCUUAGACCUGGUGCUGUUGCGGCGUUUGGACCGAGAAGCGGCGGCGGCACACGAGUUACAGAUCGAGGCGUGGGACGGCGGCCGCCCGCGGCGCACGGGCCACCUGCGUGUGGAGCUGCGCGUGCUGGAUGAGAACGACAACCCGCCGGUCUUCGAGCAGGGCGAGUACCGCGCCGCUGUGCGCGAGGACGCUCGGCCGGGAGCUGAGGUCUGUCGCGUGCGCGCCACCGACCGGGACCUGGGGCCCAAUGGCCAAGUGCGCUACCGCAUCCGCGCCCGGCAGCCGCCAGGGGCGAAUGGCGGCGGCGGGCCCCUGGGACACGCGGCCUUCUUCACUGUGGAGGAGCUGAGCGGUGUGGUGAGGGUGCAGAGGCCGCUAGACCGCGAGUCGCAGAUCUGGCAUCAGCUGGUGGUCGAGGCCCGCGAUGGCGGAGCCGAGCCCGAGGUCGCCACAGUUCGAGUGUCCGUCGCGGUACUCGACGUGAAUGACAACCGACCGGCCAUUCAGCUGCUCUUCCUCACCGAGGGAGGCGCCCCGUGCGUUUCCGAGGGCGCCCGACUCGGCGACUAUGUGGCUCUCGUCUCGGUGUCAGACGCGGACGGUGAUCCGGGGAAGGAAGCAGGGGUUGACGGUGAACUUGCUGUGGGCCCCGGAGGCGGAGGCAUCUCGCUGUCCUUGGAGGGCGGGGAGGGCGCCUUCACGCUGCGGUCUGGGGGUUCUCCAGGCGUUUUUUUCCUUUGCGUCGAGGGGCCCCUGGACAGGGAGAGCCGCGACCUGUAUGAUUUGCGACUGGUGGCCACGGAUGCCGGAUCCCCGCCGCUGAGCACGGAGGAAACGCUGCUGCUCCGGGUCGCCGACCUCAACGACCAGCCGCCUGUCUUCAGCCAGGAGCACUACCAGGCCUCAGUGUCUGAGGCUGCUGCCCCCGGCACCACAGCAGUGUGCGUCAGCGCCGCGGAUGCGGACGAGGCUGGCACGGACCACGCGCGGUUGCGCUACUCACUGGUCCACCUCCAGUCUCGCUGCAGCCAGGAAGCUCCGUGGCCCACAGGAGAGUGCGGACCGUCCUUCACAAUCGAUUCUGAGAGCGGCGUGAUCAGCACCAUCCGGAGUCUGGACCGAGAGGUCCAGGAGGCGGUAGAGCUGAGAGUGGUAGUCCAAGACCUCGGAGAGCCCCCACUCUCUGCCACCUGCCUGGUGAGCAUCACCGUGGAUGACGUGAAUGACAACGAGCCCGUCUUUCAGAGGCAGGUGUACAACGCCACUCUUGUGGAACAUGCCCCAGUUGGACAUUGCUUUCUGCAGGUGAGUGCAUCAGGUCUGUGAAUCAACCCGGAGACCUGAGCAGAGAUGGCAAGGCUGUCUGUUCAGGGAAGGAGAACUGUGAUGUGGAUGCUUACACCCUGGCUCCGAAAGCAAGGGGACAUGGCCUCUAGGUCCUCCUUUACAGUGAGUGAAUGGGUGCCCUCUGGUCACCUAAAUUUUCUGCAGGGGUUUGGACUGAGUGAUCUCUGAGAUGUUUUAUGCUUCAUAUACUAUUUGUAUCUUGAUUUUGCUUAUAAAAUCCUGGUUUCCUUCAUGUUGCAUAUAUGUGCACCCAAAUUAGUUUGGGAGGGAAUCACCUAUUUUAAAUCAAACAGUAUGCAAGUGUCAAUGGCUCUUAUUUUUGAGCGUCGUUAUGUGGCAUCCGAGGGAAA